GACAAAUCAAACAAGAUCACACAUGACUAUAUUUAGGCUUAUACAUUGAAAGAAUUUGAUGAGUCAAAGUACUUAGAUGAACAUUUCCAAAAGUCAAAACUGGACGAAUAGUUCGGGAUGGAGGGAGUAGUGUUUAAUCAGUAUGGAUUUGCUCCAUCUGUCCAUUUCUCCAUUAUACGUACGGUACUAUGUGUUUAAUCAGUCUGGAUUUGCUCCACCUGUCCAUUUCUCCAUUAUAUUUCCCAUUCUACAAAACACCUUAGCACUUGGUUGCUGCUAAAUCGGUUUGCUGCAAGAGAUGGAAAGGAAAAGAAACAGGGGAGACUUUGAAAGCCGGACUUCAACUUCAAGAAUGAAUAUCUCCCAUUGCAUGGAUGAUGUAGCAGGAGAAGAAGAGGACGAUGAUCAAUGUGACUUGUCCUGUUGUCCAAGGACGCCCAAAAUGUCUACCCCUCGAAAGCCACGCCAAAAAAACAAAUCCUUGGAUCAUAAAAUCCUUUUUCAAAGCCAUAGUAGUGCAGGCAAGUUCUCUGUCUUAUCCAAUGACGCCCAAAAUGGCACUUUCAAAGCUCUGCAGGUGUAUGGUAGAAGAUACGGGGAAAAAAAGAUUGUGCCUUUCUUUCAAAAUUGUAUGCAAGAUAAUGAGGGUAGUGAAGCAGCUGCGGCAAAGUUGGAAGAGGAAAGGGAGGUGUUUUGGUUGCGCAUUGCAUCAUUCAUUUCUCAUAUGCAUCCUGUCCUGGGUAAUAGACGAUUCUCUCCAUGGAAAGGCUCUGUUGUUGAUUCAGUAGCAGGAGCAUUUCUAGCUCAAAAUGUGUCAGACGUCUCAUCAAGCUCUGCUUUUAUGUCCCUUGUGGCCAAGUAUCCAAAUGCUGACAAUGGAAAUAAGCACAUGAAUCAUCAAAGUGUUUUACGGAAAACAGAGGUGAAGAAGUUGAAGAAAAAAGGACUUAGAGUGAAGCUUUUAGUCCGGAAAACAGAAAAGAAAGGAAAAAGUGUUUCUUUUCGAAAUAAUAUAAGAAAGAUGUGUGCUCAUGACGACCAGAAUUUGAGAUGUGAUGAUGAUGAUACUACAUCUAAUGCUAUAGAUUGGAACACGGUUUGCUCCGAAGAUGUCGAUGAGAUUUCUGAAGCCAUUAAGGAAAGAGGAAUGGACAAAAAACUUGCAGAGAGAAUCAAGGUUGACACCAAUGUCGGACGCAUAUUAGUUCGUUUGGGAUGGGUUCCCAUUGAUUCACUUCCACUAGACCAACAAAUGCAUCUCCUCCAAAAGUACCCAAAAGAGAACUCCAUUCACGCGUAUAUAUGGCCAUUGAUAUGUACGCUUGAUCACUCGAUCCUGUAUGAAGUUCACAACCAGCUGAUUACAUUUGGAAAGGUAUUCUGUACUAAAGUUCAACCGAAUUGCAAUGCUUGUCCAAUGAGAGAAGAGUGCAAGCACUUCGCAAGUGUUUCCAUGAGUUCAAACCUUAUUUGUCCGGUGUCACAAGAGAGAGGUCAAGUUGGCCAAGUUCAUCCACAAUCAUCGGCCAAUAGUUCCAUUAUCACUGAAAAGAUGGAACAAGAAUCUGUUCUUUAUCCAAUUCUCGAAUCAACAAAAAUAGAAUUUGAAGAUAUUGGCCAUGAUGAAAUACCAACAAUAAAAAUUGACAAGGCACUCAUGGAAGAGAGUAACCUUGAUGGGUCUAAAGCUGUGAUAGUUCCAACUCUAGAAGGUCCAUCCAUCCCUUUGCCUAAACUGAGAAACAUAAGCCGUUUAAGGACGGAGCAUGAAGUUUAUGAACUUCCAGAUGCACACCCACUUGCUGCUAAGCUAGGGGAACGAGAACCCGAUGACCAGCCCUAUCUGCUUGCUAUUAUUACGACGCCAGAUUCCUCAAAGACUUUGGAGGGCGGAAUGGAAGAGGACAUCAAUACAGUUCAGGGAACACUUAUGAUACCAUGUAAAACGGCCAACAAAGGACGUUUUCCACUCAAUGGAACAUUCUUCCAAGUCAAUGAGGUGUUUGCUGAUUAUGAAUCCUGCAAGCACCCCAUUCGUGUUCCGAGGGCGUUGAUAUGUGAACUUCCAAGAAAGACAUUGUACUGUGGAACCUCAAUAAGUGCAAUAUUUCGAGGAAACAGCCUCUCUACUAGGUUGUUGUAGUCUGAUGAAUAUUUGUAUGAAAUUCAGAUAUGUCAACUGAAGGUGUGAAGAGAUGCUUCUUGAGAGGAUAUGUUUGUUUAAGGGGUUUUAACCGCAAAACACGAAAGACCACG